UGCGAUGAAGCGGUUGGAAUUGGCCAGUAGCGUAGGAAAACUGGCAAUUUUCCUGGUGCCGACUUUGAUCUUGCUGCUCGAUGUGAGCAUAGCGGAAAGCGCGUCGAUGAAAUGGAAUAAGUCGGACAAAAGAGAAGCCGGAGGUGGCGGCGGUGGCGGCGGUGGAAGACCCUCCCUAACCACCUACGACCAGCGGCAAACCGGCAAGUACAACAUUCACGUCAACAUCAAAGAUGUGAAAAUCAUCUCCGUCGAUGGUGAGAAGUUCGAUGGCGAAUUUGGGGAUGACACGAUUUAUGACUACGGAGACUACGAUUAUGACCCAGCGCAUCUGACUGUUAGCCCACUUCCGAUUUUCGGUGGUCCCACAACCUCAAAACCACCAAAGUCAACCACCAAAACACCAGUCUCGAUUACCUCUACGAAGCGAACAACGACGACUACCGAAGCACCAAUGGAAGAACCACCGAAGAAACCAGCCAGUGUCCCAAUUAGGAUCGAAGCCGAUCCCACCAAAGACGAUAACACCACUCAUAUCAUGUCUGCACCGGGCACUACUACCCCUCCUCCCAGCAAUAUCUACAUCUUCAAACCCACUCCCAACUACCACCCGAGCCCGGUUCAUUACGAUUACCAAGAAAUUCCCGUCGAGGUCAUCAUCGAACCGGUUCUCAAACCGAAGUAUCGAAACUCCAACUCUCGAAUUAUGGCCAACCGACGCAAUCGCUACCGUAAAAAUCCCGCCGAAGGAGGUAUGGACAUGGCCCGCCACGGUCAUUCGGAUAUCGAAGCAUUGCCGAGUGAGCAGACUGGUAACUCGCAACCGCUUGCGGCUACACCAUGUGCCAGGGGUGAACACCGUGACAAGACGGGCAAAUGUCGCGUGCGAAGGUCCGGAAUACAGAUUCAGGCUGCUUAAUCUACUGGCUGCUCUCAAAGAGAAGGACGACUGAUCAGUGCGGGCUCUUGUUGUAACAGGGAUGGACUGCUGCUAAUGGUGAUUGUAGAUUGAUUGAAUCCACUUGAAGACUAUACUUUUUAAACGAACUACUAGUAAUAAAGAAAAUUGCAUUUUUUACGGAAAAGUACACAACGGAGAUAGCUGUAA